GUUGCCAAAGCGAUGAGGAAAGCCAAUUAACUUUGGAGUACUGACAUAACAUAUACUUUAGAACUCAGUAAAGUUGCAGUAUAUAAGCUGUAUAGAAAUUAUGCCUUUCAUUCAUCCUCUGCCCAAGUAAUGCCAGUGUGGGUGUUCUUUUUCUCUCUUGUAUCUCCCUGUCUGCUAAGGAGGAGGUCUUAAAUUAGGCAGAACUCUGGAAGUUGGCAGAGAAGGGAAGUUCCUUUGUGGUUUAAACCAAGGGGAUGGAUUUUGUUCAGAUCCUGUGGACAACAGCGUUAUGUAUCUGCAUUGUCUUGACAUCGUCUGUGUUGGUGUGGAGCCUUCAUCGUGAUUACAACAGGACCCACAUCCCUCCUGAUUUGAAACACCGUCGAAAACUAUGGGUAUAUAGUUGGUUACUUAGUUCUGCAUUUGCAGUGGGACACUAUCUGGAGAAAUUGGGCAUAUGCAGUCAGAUUGCAGUAUUGAGGCUGGUGUUCAAUGGAGUACCAUCAAUGAACGAUCCAAAACUGUACAUCAAGAAUUUGUAUUUUGAACACGUGCCAGUGAGAGUUUAUUGGCCCAAGUUAUCAACGCCUGUUGGGAACUUGAGAGGAAUAAUCUAUCUCCAUGGAGGAAUUGGUGUAGUGGGAAGCAUUAAAGCCUACGAAAGGGUGUGUCGCUACUUGGCCAAAGAAAGUGAAUCGGUGGUUGUGUGUAUUGGAUAUCGCUUAUCUCCCGAGCACCCUCCUCCAGUUCAGUCUCAGGACUCUUUGACAGCCGCAUUAUACUUUUUGAAGAACGCGAGGUUUUACGCAGUGAACCCUAACCGCAUCAUCGUCGCCGGCGACAGUAGCGGAGCCACAAUGGCUGCAGCGCUUUGCCAAGAAUUGGCGGUUCGAAGAGAUGUCCCAAGGAUCCAAGCCCAGAUCUUGUUGUAUCCAUUCCUCCAGGCAGUGGACUUUACUUUGCCAUCCUAUCAGCAAAAUCAUUCUAUCCCCAUUUUGUUCAAGAAACGGGCUGUCAAACUAGCUUUCCAGUAUUUCACUCAGGCUUUCAAGUUGGAUCUAAUGGGAGUUCUAAACAGUGCCCAUGUCUCUGAAGAUAUGAAGGCAAAGUGUAAGAAAUGGAUCAGUGCUGAUCUUAUUCCAGACGAGUUUAAGGUCAGAGGUUAUGUGCCGACAAAGCCAGCUCCAUAUUCCGAACAGCUUGGUGAACUGUGCAAACCAGCUUUAGAGACGUGGUUUUCCCCACUUUUAGCAGAAGAUGAGGUUAUACGCCAGCUCCCCGAGACUUUCCUUUUGACCUGUGAAUAUGAUAUUCUUAGGGAUGAUGGACUAUUGUACAAGAAACGGCUGGAGGACAAUGGAGUUCCAGUCACCUGGCAUCAUGUUAAAGACGGUUUCCAUGGAAUAGCUUAUUUAGUUAGCCUUGGCCCAUUACAGUUCCCAAGCACAAAAAUCGCUAUGAAUAGUGUGAUACGUUUUAUAUGCGGGUUACCAAAAUAAUCCUCUGCAGAGAUAUAGCAAUAACUUCAGAGAGCUGUUGGCGGGGGGAGGGGGGAUCGUGUACAUUCCUGCAACUGCAUGGGCUGUUUAGAAGUUGCUAUUUAUUUUCAAAUGUUCUUGGUACCAUUCUGAAUGAAGAAAGAAUGAAAUGCUGAAUACGUGGAGUGAAAUCUAGUGAUUGCCAGUUGGCUGUGUGAUUCCCUCAAAGUAGAUUUGGACUGAGAUUCAGAAAUUUGUAUUGGCAUAAUUAAAAUUAAUAUGUACAACAUUGGUGGUACUUAGACCCAUUCAAAAACUGUAAGAUAAAAGACAAUAAUAAAUAAAAACGUCAAUAAAGUUCCCUGUAUUUGA